UUUUUUUUUCCUGCUCGUCAUUGAUAUAGAUUUCAAUCACCCCAUCCACCCCCCCUUCUCUUUUUUUUUUCUCUUUAAUUCAACUCCCCCUCUCUUAUUCGACAUGCCUGUCCCAUUCGAGUCGUUCCUGCCAUUUGUCAUUAUUGCCAGUUUCUACUGUGUAACUGCAUCUGGUUUGUCUGUUGCUAGAUAUUACUCAAACGACAAGAAGCCUACUAGAUACGGUCUUGAUACCUGGGAGAGACAAAUGAUGGAGCGUGAUCGUCGCCUUACUGGAUCUAAGCGUGGACAAUCUUCAGAGGCUGUUGCUCCUGCUAUUUUCUCCACCAACAGCGUUUGGUACUUGGAGAAGACCAGAACUCACUAAACAGAAUAUGCAAAAAUGCUGGGUAGAGAAAUAAAAAAUACGAAAAAAAGAAAGUAUCAUGAAUGAGAACUUACAUUGAAUCAAUACCUGAGUGUUCUUGGAUUUGUGUCGAAUAUUUGAAUGGAGCAACAUCAACAACAUCAUCAUCACCAAC